AUGGAAAUGGAAAGACCUCCUUGGAGGAAGCAAGCUACGGCUCGAUCAUUGCAUUUCUUUGUGAUAGUUUCACUUUUUAUCCUCUUCCAAACCGUAAGGAGAUGGAACUUAACCAAAUAUCAUUAUUUAAUUCUCUUUUCAGGUUCUCUAGGUGAUCCAUUAUCUGUGACACCCAAAACCCUAAGUGCUUGGGAGGGAUCUUGUGUGAUCAUUUCAUGCAAAAUCGAAGAGGAGUAUGAAAGUCGAUCUAUCAACCAGGUGUCCUUUGCUUGGUAUUUUAACCCUUCAUAUGAUAACAACAUAGGAGAUUACAGUGGAAAGCUCUUAUAUAAUAACAACCAGACAAUAACUGAAGUCAGUUCGGAGUUUCAUAAUCGAGUGACAUUUGUGGGUGAUUUAGGACGCAAAAACUGCAGUUUGAAAAUUUCCCAGCUCCACCAAAAUGAUACAGGCAUUUAUGGGAUCAGACUUUUUUGGAAAUCUGGAAGCUUGCCUGAGCAAAAGAAAUGGUUAUCUAAAGUUAAUAUUAGAGUUCAUGAAACCCCUUUACAACUGAUAUAUACGUGGUCCCCACAAAUGGAAGAAGGCAGCAAGUAUACAGUGGCAUGUUCAAUACCUUAUCAUUGCUUUGCUGAGCCCAUAAAAUUGUCUAUCGAAGGACUAGAAGAUCAUCACGAGUUCUCCCAACAAAUGACCACUGAAACAGAGAGAGUAAAGGCUGAACAGCCUUUCAAGGCCACGUGGAAGGACCAUAAGAAACAAUUGACAUGCUUGCUAAAAACCUACAAAGGGACAGAAAUAAGGAAAAAGUUUGCAAAUCUGAUGGUGAAAUAUGGUCCCAAAGGAGUUAAACUGAAUGCUGACCAUGAAGGCACACUCAGAGAGGGAAACAAACUCACUCUGGAAUGUAUAGUUGGCAGCAGUAAUCCUCCUGUGCGCUCUUUUCUGUGGUUUAAGAAUGGUAAAAGUUGGAGUAGUGCGCAAUGGGAUGCCAGAAGAGAAUUUCAUAGUUUAAAAGACACAGAUUCUGGCAAAUACAGGUGUCAAGUUGAUAACGGCAUUGAAAAAAUCAGUUCUGAAGAUCUGGACAUCGACGUCCAGUAUCUGCCAAAAGUCAGCAUUAAUGUAAUGCCGCGACUACCCAUCCAAGAAAAUGCUGAAGUGGUUUUGAAAUGUUCAGCCAUUGGCAACCCUCCCAUCAGCAGUUAUGAAUGGUAUAAAAGCAGCACAUCUGGUGUUAUCAUGGCUGGAGAGGAACUGCGAUUUGAGGGAAUUCAACCCAGCAAUUCUGAUACCUAUCGUUGUGUGGCCCGCAACAAGAUUGGCCAUUCAAAUCGCUCUGUCACACUGAAUGUUAAUUAUCGCCCCAAGAAUGUCCAACUUUUUCCUUUAAAUCAUUUGCCCAUCAAGGAAGGAGACAAAGUCAUUUUGAACUGUACUGUGGGCAGUAGCUACCCCAGCAUCAAUAAUUACAAAUUUUUUAGGUCAACCAGCUUCAUACCAACAAGUGACCGUCGCUACUCGGCAUCUACAUUUUUCGCACUACCUGAACUCUCCGCGUUUUACAGUUGUGAAGCAUGUAAUUAUCUUGGCUGCACUUCCUCCCCAAGCAUCCUUUUGGAUGUCCUCUAUGGCCCCAAAGACCUCAAGCUCAACCGAGAACCUUCGGGAUUGGUCCUCGAAGGUGAUCCUGUUCGCCUGACUUGUAGUGUGGGAAAGGCCAACCCCAAGACACUCAGCUACACCUGGUAUAAAGAUGGAGAACGUCUGCCUCUGAACUCUACAGAAAGUGUUCUAUUCAUCCAGAAUGCCCAGUCAAUGGAUUCUGGCAGAUACCAUUGUGUUUCAAAAAACAUCAUAACAAAUGCGGUGUCUCCAUCUAUUAGGCUGGAAGUGAAUUACGGGCCUCGUAACGUCCAUGUAACUCUAGACAAGAAAUCUGUUACUGAAGGAAUGGAUGUUUAUUUGAAAUGUGAUAAUGAUGCUUACCCAUUAGUGGAUACUUACAAGUGGUAUUGGAAAGGAGAAGAAAUCUUUAUGGAGAAUUCCAAAAUCUUAGUACUCAGGAAAAUUAAGCCUGAGCAGUCAGGAGAAUAUCUUUGCAAAGCAUUCAAUUCUGUCUCUAAUAAGGAAUCACAGCUCCUCACCAUUAGUGUAUCCUACAGCAGAGCCACAAUGAUGAAACUCACCUUGAUUAGCCUUGGCAUAGUUCUUGCCCUUAUUAUCUCACUGGGGUUGCUGGCUUAUGGCUUGAAGAGAUGGAAGAAAGCGACACGUUCAGACAUUGGCAGGACACAGAGGACGGGCUCAUUUUUUGUGAGGAAGGCCAAGCGAGAACUACCACCUAAUAACAACUCCAGACCAAAUGGAGGUAGAACAGAGAGCCCCCUAGACUGCCAGGACGAGGAUCAAGAUGGCACCAUUUCAUAUGCACGACUCCAGUUCGCCCACAGUGGGUUACAGGACCGUACUAUUUAUUCCAGUGUCAUGCAACCAAAUGUGGGACUAGAUUCCUCAGAUAACAGCACGAUCUACAGUGUAGUAAAUAAACCUGCACUCCACCCCAAGAAUGACACCAAGGUGGAUUAUGAGAAUGUGAUGAAGAAAGAAGAAGAAGAAGAAGAGGAGCUUCACUAUUCUUCCUUGGUGAACCUAGCGCCACGCUCCCGCCCCAUCAACGCUGACUUAGAAACGGAUUCUGAAUCCGAAGGCAGCAUCCAGUAUGCAGCUCUGAAGCACUGAUCUACUCAAGUUUGCAGAGAUCAGGACUCUCCCGCUAGGGAGUGGGAAGGGAUUUAGAGUUAGGUGUGUCUAAAAAGCUUUCUCUUUACAGCCAAGUAUAUCAGAGUUCUGUGGGUAAAAGAAGAAAGAUGAAAUAGGGUACAGGCAGUGGUGGGAUUCAAAUAAUUCAACAACCGGUUCUCUGCCCUAAUGACCAGCUGAGUAAGCGGGGAUCGGUGGUCAUGUGACUGGGUGGGAGUGGCUAACUCUACGGCACUCAAGACGAUGGGCCCUUCGCCUUAGCUGUAACAAUGUAAGAAGGAGAGGCAGCUUCUGUAAGCAGGGCAAUAAAGAUUAGGCUAGAAGCAAC